ACUUGUUUCUGUGGGUUCGACUUCUUUAUAGAACCAGGAGGCCAAGGUUUAAACGGUGGGGAAGGUUUUCUUUUCCUGAAUAAUGGAUUACCAACAGAAACUGGCGGAAAAACUCACCAUCCUCAAUGAGAGGGGCAACGGGGUGCUGAUACGCAUGAACUACAUUAAAAAGAUUUGUUCGGACCCCAAGCUGCGUCCAGGCUUCCUCACAGAAAAAGCAAUGGAACCGGCCGUCAAGUACAUCAAUAAGAAAUUUCCUAACAUUGACUUUAGAGGAAACAUUCAAAACCUCACCAGCAUCCAACGACAGAAAUCUGAGGUGUUAGCAGCUACAGCAAGCUACUAUGACUCCUUCCUGGACGUCAUAGAGUUCAGGGAUCAUGUUUAUGAGCUGCUGAACACUAUUGAUGCCUGUCAGUGCUUCUUUGAUAUUGCUUUCAACUUCGAUUUUACCAAAAACUACUUGGAUCUGAUAACCACCUACACGUCAGUUAUCGUCAUGCUCUCUCGCAUCGAUGACAAGAAGGCCUUGGUGGGAAUGUUCAACUGUGCUCAUGAGAUGACCAAUGGGAGCAGUGAUCCCUCUUACCCACGGCUUGGACAGAUGUUUUUGGAAUAUGACCAUCCAUGGAAGAAGCUGACUGAAGAGUUUGGUCCUCACACCAAGUCUGUGACAGCAGCCUUGCUUUCACUGAAGACAAUCUACCCUCGCAGGAACCUGCCUGCAGAACAAUGGAGGAGUGCUCAGCUCCUUAGCCUGCUCAGCACCCCAGCUGCCAUGCUAGACCCAGCCUGCUGUGAAACUAUGGCGUGUGAAUACCUGCCUUUGGACGUAAUGGAGCGCUGGAUCAUUAUUGGCUUCCUGCUGUGCCACAGCAGUCUGAAUACAAACCAAGCCUCCCUGGAGCUUUGGAAGAUGGCUCUACGAAGCGGCCUAUUCCUCAACUACACCAGAGAUGAAGUCCUGAAUAUACACAAAGUCACCGAGGACCACUUUGAUGGCAUGAAAGGAUACAGCAAGCGCAUUGCAGACAUCAAGGAAUGCCGAGAGCACGUUCUGGCCAAUUGUGGAGCUAUGCACAGAGAGAGGAGACAUUUUCUGAGAGUAGCUUUGAAGGAAUUAUAUAAAGUUCUAGAAGAUGAACCUGGACUUCUUGGACCAAAGGCCCUAUUUGUCAUGAUGGCUUUGUCAUUUUCCCGUGACGAAGUCCUCUGGCUCGUCAGACACUCAGAGAACAUGCCAAAAAUGAAGACUCUAGACGACUACAAUGACAAUCAGAUGGCUGAGCUGCUGUUUCAUAUGGAGAAGUUGAGAGGACUGAUGAGAAAGUAUAACCAUGUUGUCCAGCGCUACCAUGUUCAGUACCUGGCACAGUAUGAUGCUUUGCUUCUCAAUGACACCAUACAGAACAUGUAUGUUUGUCCAGAGGAGGAGUCCGUUCUAAUGAGCUCCUUUGUUUCGACCCUUUCUGCUCUUUCUAUUAAACAAGUGGACAACAAAGAGGAGUUUGAUCUUAGAGGAAUAAGAAUGGACUGGCUGAGACUUCAGGCCUACACAAGUGUGAAUAAGGCCCCUCUUCCACUGAAAGACUAUCCGGACUUGGCUAAGGUGAUGAACAUGAUCCAGUUUCACACCAGGAUGGUAGACAGUGUGGAAGAAAUGCUCUACGAGACAUCAGAGCUCUCCAUACUUUGCUUCUACCCCCGUGUCUUUGAAAAGAUGUUCACCCAGAGCAGCGAAGAGAUGACAAUGAAGCGAUACCUCAUGUCCUUCCCUUUCAUAUGUUCUCACUUCAGUCAGUGUGGACACCCUCUCUGUCCAGAAGAGACAGAGAUAUUGGAGAAGCGAAGUCUGCGGCUUUGUGUGACCUUCUUGGAACAGAUAGCAAAGCAGACGAGCAGUGUGGUGAUGGAAAUAUGUGCAGAACAGCGCAAUCUCAAUGACCAGCUACUGCCUAAACACUGUGCUGAAUCAAUCAGUGCUGCUCGCUACAGAAAGCAGAAGAAACCAAUGCCAAAGAAAGGAGAGGUCCAAAAAGAGAAACCGGGUGCUGAGAGCCUGAGAAAAGACAGAACAGUGGCCACCAACGUGGACAAGAUGCACAUGAUGCUGACAGAGCUCUGCUCCUCCUACAGUCUCGGCAGUGACUUUAUGGUCUUUGAACAUGUUGUCGUUCCAGCAGAGUUCCUCCUUUCCCAGUUGGAAAUGCGUCUGACUGAAAUCAUCAUCAAGAUGACCAAUUAUAAUCAGACCACCCAGGAGAUAACACGUCCGUCUGACCUGCUGGCAGGGAUAAGAUCCUACACAUCCUGCCUGCACAGCCUCGCAAGCUACAUCAGUGUGGACGUCACACGGCUGGUGAAGAAUGUGCUGCUGCAGCAAACGCAGCCGCUAGACUCCCAAGGAGGCCCGACAGUUACACACUACUACACGACCUGGUAUCUAGAGGCUCUUUUACGUCAAGCAAGCAGUUCCCUGAUUGUCCACUGUCCUACUAUGCAGUGCUUUGUCAGUCAGAGUACAGAAAAUGAACAAAGCUUCAGAGCAGAGGAAUUCUCUGAUGUUUCUGAGUUACAGAGCUUGGCAGAACUGAUCGGCCCAUAUGGCAUGAAGUUUCUGGGAGAAAACCUGAUGUGGCACAUAACAUCUCAAGUCUCUGAGCUGAAGAAAAUGGUGAUAGAGAACAUGGACAUCCUGGUACAAAUGAAAAACAACUUUGACAAGCCCGAGGAGAUGGCCAAUCUCAAAAAGAGGCUGACAGGUGGAGAAAAUGUCCUAAAAAGGAUGACCAUCAUUGGAGUGAUCCUGUCAUUCAGAUCCAUGGCAAUGAACUGUCUGAAAGAUAUCCUGCGGAAACAUUGCCCCUUCCUGAUGGCACCCAUCGAAUGUCUGAGGGACUUCAUCUCCCCUGAGACAGACAUCAAGGUGACUUUGAGUGUUUUUGAACUGGCUUCUGCUGCAGGAAUAAAAUGUGACAUUGAUCCUGCCCUUGUUGCAGCCAUUGGCAGUAUGCAAACAGAUAACACACCGGUUGAAGAGGAAUUCAAGCUCUCUCGUUUGUUACUGGUCUACAUAGCCGUGUCGCUGCCUAUCCUAGCUCUGGACCCCAACUCCUUGUAUAGCAGAGAACAUGGAGGUCACAACAACAACAUCCACUGUUUAGCUGCAGCAAUCAAUCAACUGGCUGCUGCCAUGUUUACCGCCCAGAACAAAAACAUCGAGCAGCAGCUAAAAGAGUUCCUGUUGCUGGCUUCCUCCACCCUGCUUCAGCUGGGACAAAACGUGGAAAGGAUGGAUGUCAAAAAUCGGGAGUCUGUCUACCUGCUUCUGCACAUGAUUGUGGAAGACUCUCCAUUUCUAAGCCAAGACAUGCUGGAAAGCUGCUUCCCUUAUGUUCUCCUCCGAAAUGCCUACAGGGAGGUGCACAAGGCUUUCGUCAUUACUUUGGCCUGAAUUUUUUUUUCCUCUAGAUUGUUUAUUGACCAAAAACUGGUUUUAAUUCAUGCAUUUUUGUUUUAUUUGGUUUUCUUCUGCUUUGCAUCUACCUAUGUCUCCAUUUUGGCUAAUCAUGAGUUUGACCCUCACCCAAUUGAUUGUAAAGAGAAUUCAUUUUAUUUCUUUACUUUAAAGAAAGGUACGUUUCAUUAAUAUACAAUACACACAUACAUUUGUGUUACCCUGUAUUAUAUCGUCGGAAAUGAUCUAAACAAUGAUUUCCUGUAACAUUUUGCCAACAUUUGCAAUAUCUUCAAACAAUGAAUACAACGAAAUUGUGAUAAACUUUUAUUUGUUUUUUCAUUCAUAAUUAUUGUAAGUAUGUAAGUCUUUGUAUCUUCAAGCAUCAUGUAUAAUAUAGCAUUCCAGUUUUGCAGAAUUAAAAAUACCUGUGAC